AUGAGCCUGACAGCGUCAAAUUUUGGUCGUUCUGGCUACACUUCAGGUCUUGUGCCUGUUCUAAACCAUCCCCUUCAGCCAGAUUCAUAUUCAAAAUCGAAGAAACCCCAACCGGAACCUGCUGACUCCAUAGAAGAGGCCGACGAGAAUGGAGUUUCCGAGUUUUCUGAUCCAUUGGGAGUUCAGGAAACCAAUGAGAUUGUUGAGAAUUUGGCAACUACAGCUCUCCACGACAAACGAGAUCAAUUUAUAAACAAUGGCAAUAUUUUAUUCACUGAUGGACCGCUGUUAAACACCUUGGCAGAGAAGGAGGAGGAUGUGAUUCCGGAUUUGGACCCUGUUUUUGUGGGAUUGAGGCCGUGGGGCGAGUUUAAGGAUAUUAUUCAUGAGACCUACAAGUCGGAGAACACUUUCUCUUUGGAAUCCAGUUUUUUGAAGCCAACAGAAGAGAAGGGAAGAAAGUGAGGUUUUGAAAUGUUUUUUCUUGAUCAUUAGGUGUUAAUUUCAUCAAAUUGAAGAUGUUCAAGGGAUUUGCAGAAGAAAAUAGAUUUUGUUACCUAAAAUAAUAUAAAAUUUGGUGAAACUCUUGAAAGAACUGGAAGUAUUAGGUUUAAACCCUUUCUUGAGGAGCUAACUGGAUUUUUCAUGGUAGACGAAAUCGUUUUGUGUUAGAGAACAACAUUUUUUAGCAGCUUUGAUCUGAUUUUGACCUUGUUGUACCUAUAGUUCAAAAAAAAUUUUUUAUGACAUAUUUAUUUUGUAUAAAUCACUUGUCUAGAGCCGCUAUUAUACCCUCCCUUUCAGUACACGACCCCAUCCUCGAAAUCAGAAAGCUCAACCAGUAAAUGGACAUCGUUUUACUAACCUUACAGAAGAAGAUUUCAAUCGAAAAAUCCGUGACUUAAGGCGAAUUUUGAGGAGGUUAUGGGCCGAAGAAGAGAGGAUAGAGUGUAUCAAGGUGAGUUUUAACUGUUUUAUUUGACUUUUUGUAAGUUUAGAUUCAAAAAUUGACAUAUUUUAUAUUCCACUUGAUACUUAGAUUUGAUUUUUUCGACUUUUCUUCUUUCUAGCUCUGCCGAGAGGUGGCCAACAUUCUGACGCAAAGUAAUCUGGGUUACUUCUAUCCCAAAGCGUUUGUUCUGGUAACUGACUUCAUGGAUAUUUUUGGGCAUCUAGUCUACGAACGUUUAUUAGAAAAAGCAAAGGCCGAACGAAGACAAGCGUCUCUGCCAACCCUUCCAACACAUUUCCAGACCAUCGAUGUGCUCGAAAAGACCAGGAUAGUUGCUCGAAAUUGGUUUGGCAAACUGUCAGAGAUCCGCGAAAUUCUCCCUCAUCUUUAUAGUAAGUUCCAUUUAUUCUUGAUAGUUCUGUCUUUAGUUGGAGGUGCUUUGAUGCCUAUUAUGAAGUUCAUGGAUGACACUUCUAUUGCCGAAAAUCUCCUUAGGCUAUGUCAAUUGGCCGCGACGAUAUCACAUCCGCUAAUUGCCUCAUACGCCAGAUGUUUUAUAUGUCGUGUGGCGAUGCGCUGUGAGCCAUCGAAUCGAGCGCCACAUUGGAAGUGUCUAAAUGACUGGAUGCAAACUUUCAAAGAACAACCGGUAGGUUUGGAGAUUAUUUUUGACUAAAAAUAACGAUAUUUAUAUUAUCCAUGACAAAAGAUUUGAAAUUGAUCAAAAAAUUAAAAAUUUUCAGGUAAUAUUGCUCUGGCCCCCUUUGGAGUACGUAAUACAGUGUGUGGCUUAUAAUGCAGUAACAUACGAUGACAUUCUACCUCUUUGGGAAUACGCAAAACUCCCGGAAAAACGACCUUUCGUCUUCAAGGCCCUCCUCAACGCAUUGCCCACGAAUUAUCUAACGGAAUUCAGUCUAGAGACUUGUAAAAUACUCAUGGAAGCUGAAGAGCCAAAAAUUGAUGAGAUUACGGCAUUUGGAAAAAAUAUUUUGAAAGGAAAUGUCGCCGAAAUUAAUCGAAAACCCCUGCUAAAAGCAAUAUGGAAGAUGUUGAAUCGAUUGGAAACCAAGGAUUUUUUGGAGGGCAUGAGGAUUUGGAUCGAAUUUGUCGCCAAAUACUUUACUGUCUCUGAAAUUCAAGUUGUUCUGGAUGGGAUCUGCGGAAAAGUUGAAAAUGAUAGGGUAGGAAAAAGGAAAUUUUUUAAAACAACAGUUUUUACAAGGGAAGUACUUCUAUGGGGUAUGGAGUUAACAGGUCAAAACAUAUAUCAAAAAAUCGCAAAACUUUUCUGAUUCAGAAUGUGUAAAAGUUAGCUGCUUAAUGUUGGUUUGUAAGGGCGAAAAAACCCUCACAAGGGCUCGGCAAAACCUCGUCCCCUGGUUUUAUCUUGAAACAUAUACCAUUCGAAAGAGCGUAAAAAACUGGUUUAGGAUCACCUUGAAUUAGCUGCUAUUAUCCACUUACGGGCUGGCUAGCGGGCAUUUUUUAAAAUUUCCAAGUUGAAUUUUGGAACUUUUUGCUUCUGAGACGUGAACGAGAUCGAAUAAUCACUUUUCAUAUAAACAUUAGUCAUUAAUGAGGUUGAACGCUUCAACCCAUGUCAAAAAAUACAAAAGGUUUUCUGAGUUUGAGACAUUCAGGUUGAUAUACUCAAUGAGUGAUUGCGCGAUGUUUUAGGUCCUGUAACUCAAGACAAACGAAGAUGUUCCAAGCAUGUAAGAUGUUUUCAGACUCAAUUUUUACGUACUUUCCGUUAGCAGGAAUUCCUAGUAAAAAUAUGAAAGACCUCGAAAGUUUCAACCACCCAGGAUGUCCCACUACAAGGUCAAAGAGGCCAAAAUAAAAAAAAACGAAAAAGUUGUAGUUUUUUCUUUUAAAAUGGACCUGAGUAUUCACAAAAGUCUAGUCCAAAAUUAAAUAUAACUUUCUGACUCUAUUUGUUCCAUACUAGCCAGAAAAAUAAAAAAGUUCAAAAGAGGAUUCGAACCCGCUUCGCAGGUCCUUGAGCAGCGCCUUUCCCCACUAGGCCACCGAAGCACUUCUCCGGUUUGCUUUUGAAACCGAUCGCGUUUGUUUUCUCAAAAGAAGGGUGAGACUAGCCUAGAACUAAAAAAUUCUCGCUAGCCAGCGCGUAAGUGGAUAAUAGCAGCUAAUAAAAGUCGCUUCUAGACCAGUUUUUUACGCUCUUUCAAAUGGUAUAUGUUUCAAGAAAAAACCAGGGGACGAGGUUUUGCCGAGCCCUUGUAAGAACUUUUCUCGAAACACCACGCAAAUGCCUUUUUGGCCAAGUUUUUACCAAUUCAAAAGCUUUGUUUUGAGCUAAAGUAAACCCUGGUAUCUUGACAAGCCUUAAAAUAUCAAAUUUGACUAAUAAUACACCUUAAUUAGUAGUUCUCAAAAAACGUAGUAUUCAUCAAAUUUGAUGUUAUAAGGCUUGUCAAGAUAUCAGGGUUUACUUUAGCUCAAAAAAAACUUUUGAUUUGGUAAAAACUUGGUCAAAAAGGCGUUUGCGUGGUGUUGCGAGAAAAGUUUUGAAAGUGUUUUUUCGCCCUUACAAACCAAAAUUGGGCAGCUAAUUUUUAAAUUUUCUGAAACAGAAAAGUUUUGUGAUUUUUUGAUGUAAAUAUAUCUCGACCUGUAACUCCAUACCCGUAGAAGUACUUUCCUUGUUAAAACACAACGCUUUUUACGUUAUUUUAGAGGAAUUGAUGAUGAUUCCUGGGAGAUUCAGAAAGUUUGAAGAGUAACAGAUCGUAUUUUAGGCGUUCAACGCACCGCAGUCGGCUUUACUGGAAGUUUUGUCCAAAAUCCUGGGCCAACUCCGGGAUAUCCCAACGUUCCUCACCCUCCCCGUUUUCUCAAAUUUCACCUCACUUUUCACCGACGAUUCUAUCCGAAAACAAAUGUCCGUCCAAAUUUUGGAGACGAUGGUGUCGAAACACAAACUUGCCAGCAUUUCCGACCUUAAUUUAGCUUAUCAGGUAAAGAGUUAUAAAAAUUUUUACAAUUUGCUGGUUUUUGAGAACAUUUGAUGACUAAAUAGAUAUGUUAUGUAAUUUUAUUUAGGUAUCAGACGUUUGCAAGAUUCUCCAUGACUCGCUGGAUCUGUUUUCAUCGGAUGAAGAGGUCUUCCAAGCGGUGGAGCUCAUCAAAAGCGCUCUGAAUCGAUUUGAAGUCAAAGCGGACCCAGAAAACGCACUGUCGUUCUAUGUGGCAUGCCGAGCGAACUUGUUGAACCUUGAUGAAUGCCAAAAGGUAAGGUUUUAUUUGAUUGGUCAGCGGUUUUGGAAUUUUUUUGGGAGUUUUGAGGUUGAAGUAUUGUUAAUAUAAAUUUUUGUUAUUUUUUUUUUUUUUUUUGAAAAAUGGAGUCUAAAUUGUCUGGUAAUUGUUUUACAUUCUAUUUUCACUUAUUUAGGGACCCACAUGAACAAUUUUAGCUCGAAAUUUGAUGACUUUUAGAUCUUUUUUGUCAUGGAUAAUAUAAAUUUUGAGUAUUUUUUUCGAAAAGUUGAGUCUAAAUUGUCUGAUAGUCGUUUUACAUUCUAUUUUAAUUCAUUUAAAGACCUACCUGAACAAUUUUAGCUCGAAAUUUGAUGGCUUUUAGAUCAAUUUUAUCAUGGGUAAUAUAAAUUUUUAUUAUUUCUUUCGAAAAAUUGAGUCUGAAUUGUCUGAUAGUUGUUUUAAAUUCUAUUUUCAUUCAUUUGAAGACCUACCCGAACAAUUUUAGCUCAAAAUUUGAUGACUUUUAGAUCAAUUUUGUCAUGGAUAAUAUAAAUUUCUAAUAUUUUUUUUGGAAAAAAUGGUGUCUAAACUUACUGAUUUUUGGUUUAAAUUUCUCAUCAAAAUGUUUUGAGACAGUUAAAGCGAUAUUUCCAAAAAGUUUUGCGUCUUUGAGACCAAUUUGGUCAUGGAUAACAAAAAUUUUUAGCCCCCUUUGGCAAAUUUUGAUGAGAAAUGUUAAACUCAUAGAAACAGCUGGCGUAAUUUACAUUUAUUUGCAUAUAAUUUUUACUCGAAAAAAUAUUUUUUUUCUAGUUUUUUCUGAACAUAAAUUUUUUUUUAGUACGUGAUUGAUCGCAUCCUGGAACUUGCCAUUUUUGUCAUAAAAUCAGCCAAAUUCUCGGUCACCCGCUCAGCAUUCGUCCAUGCAUGCAUUGCCAACACUUUUAUCACCAUUCCAUCCCUGUCAAGUCGACGACUUCGCCUGGAUUGCGCUCUAAAAUCGACCAAGGUCGCCCUUUCCGGCCAAGCUUUCCUUCAAGUCGACUCAUUUGUUGAUCUGCUUUUUGAAGAAUUCACAUCGAUCCAGAAUCUAGAGGAGAUUGCGGAAGUCUCCAAUGAAUUUUUGGCCAUGUUGGUGGUGAUUCCGAAGUACGAUGAGGAGCGGUAUUGCAAAUGGAUAGGGAAAUGGAUGGAAGUUGUUCAAAAGUAGGUGAUUUUGAGAUGAAUUAACGUGAAUUUUUGUUGGAAAACGUUGAAAACCCCUUGAAUUGGCGUUUGGAAGGUUUUGUAAUGUUUUUUUGAAGCUAAAGUUUUCGUGGUGGGACCAAAAAAUUUUUCAAAAUUUUCAUUUUUUUUGUCAUUUUUUGGCACGAAAAACAAAAUCUGGAGCUCUCUUUCCUCCUACUAAUUUUGAAUUGCCCUAAAAAUACUAUAAAUUUUACUUUCAGCAACCCAUCGACAUCCUCAAAAUCCCCGAUUAUUUUGUCGACCCUUCAAUUUUUUUACUCCCUAAAAAUUAACCGAAGCUCAACUCUGAUUUUCCAUGGAAUUUCAAAGCCUUCAGAGACAUUACUAACCUAUAUUGACGCCCUUCAGAAAAAAACGUUUGAGCUGGCGCAGGAAAUUGUGAACGAAGAAUCGGAAAAACGGCCCAAUUUCAGUCUGAAUCUCUUGGAAUUCUUGUCGAUUUUUGUUGGAAAAGUCGAUGAAAAUGUAAGUUUAGGGUUAAAUAAGAUAGAGUAGAGGUUUUAAAAUAUCCCAUGGAGUGGUUUGGACAAAAAAAUUUUUUUUUUGAUGAAAAAUUUUUUUUUGAAAAAGAUACAUUUUGUGCAAAAAUAUGAUUUAGAAGGGGUAAAAAUGGUUGUUAUAGAAAGAUUAUGGUGUAAAGAGGUCCGUUAUGAAGAAAUUUAACCUUUUUCUACUUUGAACGAGGAUUUAUGACCUUAUUUUAGACGAUUUUUCUCUCUUUUUUGAUUAUAAAGCGGAUUUCUUUGAAAAAUCAGGGCAAAAAUCGAAGAAAAAUAGUCCCUACAAGGAGCCCAGGGCAUUUGAGGCUAUUUAAAAUAAAAAAAUCAUGUCAUCUUCAGGCCCAUCAAACCGCCAAAGCCGCGUUUAAAAAAGCGAAACGCUCGCCCGACCCGAAAAAUCAAGCCCGCCUCAACGCAAUUCACUUCAACUAA